AUGAAAUAAAUAUUAAUAAUAUAUAAAAAAAUUAAAAUAAUAAUGAUAAUAAUAACAAAGAUGAUAGACAAUUUAAUAAUAAUAAUAAUAAUAAUAAUAAUAAUAAUAAUAAUAAUAAUAAUAAUAAUAAUAAUAAUAAAAAUAAUAAUAAUUAUAGUAACAAUAAUAUUACAUAAUAUAAAUAAUAAACUUAAAAUAGUAAAAAUAUAAAAUAGGAUAAAUUAAAUUAAAUGA